UCCGACUCUGCUAGGUUAGCUGAGAGCCCUCCAGGAGUUCUGACUUGUAGCAUGCCCUCCCACCAGACCACAGACCCCUCUCCAGCUCGGGGCAGCCCAGCCCUGAGGGAGAUGGAACCCAAGGAUCAGCAGCUCAUGGUGGCUCUUCGGAUCCGCCCACUCAACAGUACAGAACUGGAGGAAGGAGCCACCGUCAUUGCCCACAAAGUGGGGGACCAGGUGAGACUAGAGGACACGAGGCAGUCACUCAAUCAAGAGGCGGUCGUGCUCAUGGACCCAGGCGAAGACCCGGAGGACACGCUCCGUGCGCACCGGUCCCGGGAACGCACCUUUAUAUUUGACACGGUGUUUGACCAGCAUGCAUCACAGGAAACUGUUUAUCAUGCCACCAUUCAGCAUUUGGUGGAGGGUGUCAUCUCCGGAUACAAUGCGACCGUUUUUGCCUAUGGGCCCUCAGGUGCUGGGAAGACCCACACCAUGCUGGGCAUGGACGCGGAGCCUGGCAUCUAUCUACAGACCCUCACUGACCUCUUCCAGGCCAUCGAGAAGACCCAGGACAACAUGGAAUAUAGUGUAUCUAUGUCUUACCUGGAGAUUUAUAACGAAGUCAUCCGUGACCUCCUGAAUCCGUCUUCUGGAUUUCUGGAGCUGAGAGAAGAUUCUAGAGGCAGCAUCCAAAUUGCAGGCAUCACGGAAGUAUCCACCUCAAAUGCUCAAGAGAUCAUGCAACUACUCACUAAAGGCAACCGGCAGCGUACACAGGAGCCCACAGCUACCAACAAGACUUCAUCCCGCUCCCAUGCCGUACUGCAGGUCACUGUGCACCAGAAAAGCCGAGGUGGUGACCUGGCAGAGGAGGUGCGCCUCGGGAGGCUCUUCAUGGUGGACCUGGCAGGUGCGGAGCGUGCAGCCCAGACCCAGAACCGAGGCAAGAGGAUGAAAGAAGGCGCGCACAUCAACCGCUCGCUGCUGGCGCUGGGCAACUGCAUCAAUGCCCUCAGCGAGAAGGGUGGCAGCCGAGCUCAGUACGUGAACUUCCGUGACAGCAAACUCACGCGCCUGCUGAAGGAUGCCCUGGGAGGCAACAGCCGUACAGUGAUGAUCGCUCACAUCAGCCCGGCCAGCACCAGCUUUGAGGAAUCAAGAACCACGUUGCUCUAUGCCUACAGAGCGAAGAACAUCAAGACGCGGGUCAAGCGCAACCUGCUGAACGUCUCCUACCGCAUUGCACAGUACACUGACGUCAUCUCUGACCUGCGCAGGGAAAUCGAGCACCUCAAGUCAAAGAUUGAGAAGCAGGAUAAGGAGAAGAAAAGUGACCCCAGCGUCCUGGAUAUACAAGUCACAAUCCCCCAGGAUGCAGAGGAGGACAGUCGUCUACAGAUGAACAAGAUCCGGGCACAGCUUAUUGGGGCUUUCAAGGAGCAGAUGGAGAUGCGGCGCAGCCUGGUGGAGCUGGAGAAUACUAACAUUGAGCUGCACAUAGACAUGUCUCGCCACCUCCUGACCAUUGCAGACUGGGAGCGAGAGAAGACCCACCCCCACGCAAACACGGACAAGAGUGAGAAGGACGAGGAGCCAGGGGAUGCUGACGGAGAGGAGGUCGAGGCUUCAGAGCCCCCGGAGGUGGCUCUGGCCAGAGAGGAGGUGAACCUGCUCCUGGCUGAGCAGCAGAAAACCGCAGCCCUCAAGGCUGGACUAGAGCAGCGCCUGGCCCACGCCAAGCAGAAGGCCUCUCAGAUGGAGAAGCUGCUCCCCAGGCAGGUGACCAGUGAGGAUCAGCGGGAGGUGCUGCAGCUGCUGUGCAGGGCCCACGAGCUGGAGGUGGAGAACACAGAGCUGCAGGCCGACAACUUGUGCCGCAAGAACCUGCUGUGCCAGAAGGACUUCGUGAUCCAGCGCUACCACCAGCACCGGAUGCUGUGUGAGCAGGUCAUCCAGGGGCAGCGGCAGCUGAUGCAGGACAGUGGCAUUUCAGCCCCGGAACCUCUGGAGCAGCAAUACCAACUGUACCUCCGGGAACUGGGCGAGGGCACCUUGGACCGCCUGCUGCUGCAGCUCUCAGUGAUGUCCAGCUCGAUCCAAGAUGGCUCCAUUAUGAACGUAUCACCCCCACCGCCUGAGGAGACCAGUGGAGAGCCUCCAGGUGACAGGCAGGACCUCCCAUGGGGUGCCACAUUUGAGCUGCCUCAGAUGCUCCUAGAGAGAGACAGUGAUGGGAACAGGUCCUCAAAAAGCACUCCAUUGUGGAGGCUUGGGAAGCAAGACUCUCUUCUCCCUCCACCAGCCCUCCGCAUCCUGCUGACGCCUCCCAUGCUUGAGAAGCCGAAUACUCUAGGUGUAAAGAGCCUGGUCUCUAGACUGCCGCCCACAGCUGGUUUGGAACUGAGACUGCCACAGCCAUCAGGAGAGAUGAACAGCCCCCCUCUGAGUGUCCAGGCCCUCAAGGAGAUGGCCCUGGGCACCAAGAGCAUCGCCCUCAUAGCAGCCAGCCGUCGCUGCAAAGUGUAUGACAAAGAGGGCAGCUGCUUAGACUCCAGGGACCCCAGCCCUGCAGACUGGAGGUGGCCCCAUGCCAGCCCCAGCAGGGACCGCUCUUUGGAGAGGAAGGCAGGGAGGAAAAGGUCACCCUCAUUCACCUGGAGCCUGCAACAAGGAUAGAACCUAGGACAUUGCACACAUUAAACAAGAACUUUACUUCUGAACCACACCCAGCCCUUCACUGGGGGAUUCUAGGCAGGUGCUCUACCACUGAGCCACACCCCAGCCCCUCACUGGGGGAUUCUAGGCAGGUGCUCUACCACUGAGCCACACCCCAGCCCCUCAUUGAGGGAAUUCUAGGCAGAUGCUCUACCACUGAGCCACACCCCAUCCCCUCACUGGGGGAUUCUAGGCAGGUGCUGACCACGGACUUAUGGCAUCAGUUGGUUCUUGUAGUUUAAUUUAAGGAAAGGGUCAUCAGUUGGCUUGAGAACAAGUCUGCUAAGUGGCAUGAGAGAAUCAGUUCCUUGGGUCCACCACUAUCAUCUGCUUCUGUGCUCCCAGUGUUUGGUAUAGACUAGUGACCGAGGGUCUGGCCAACCUACAUCCUGCCUUUGGACACCAAAGCCCAAACCUCUGCUAGACACAGGCAGGGUAUUCCCUGAGUUGAGAUUGAUACGAAGACUGGGCAUUGUGAUGCAGGCUUCUAACACCAGCAUUUAGAAGACUGGCUAGAGAAUUCAGAGCUGGAGGCCAGCCUGGGCAGCAUAUUAGGACCCUUAGUCCAAAGCACUAAAAUAAAGAAAGAAAAGAAAAAAAAGCAAACAAUCAGCUGAUUUGUUCAAUAUAAAAGAAGGGAAGUAGCAGAAACCAGGGGGAGAGAGAAAGGAGAGAAGAAGCAAGCUUCCCACUUGGAAGGCAGGAGGGUUCUCGUACUUGGGGACUGUCUGACUGUCCCACCCAGGCCUUGACCAGACUGGAUGACGCCUACCCAUUCACGUGUCACUCACCCCCAUAAAGAGAGGGAAGGAGUCAGACUCAUCCAUCCUUUGCUCAUUUCCUUGGGGCUGGUUCUGCUACUUUGGCACCCAGUAGGUGUUUACCGAAAAUGACCUCAGCAUCCUCUGUGCUUCCCUGUACCUUCCUUCUAUGUAUGUACCUUUCCAAACUGCAGACAACGGAGAAACAUCAGCCCUCUACGGAACCUCCAUCUGAGAGCCGGCUGUCCCCUGCACACCUCCAGCCACCAAAGCCGCCAGGGAAGAGCUUUUUCCCUGCUGUCCCUGUGGCCUC